CCCAUUGGCUGCUGCCGCUCGCGGCUUCGGCGGGCGGGGAAGCUGAGAGAGCUCUAAAGCGUCAGUGUUUCCGAGAGCGGCGAGUCCUGUCUGGGUCUGACGCGUCUGGGGUCUGACGCGUCUGGGAUACGCAUCACUCCUCGCUUCUUUCCAGGGGGAAAAAUAUGGAAGGCCUGCCUGAUGCUGCUGCUUUUGCAACUAAACUUAAAAAUACUCUCAUCCAAUACCAUAUCAUUGAAGAUGAUAAGUGGCGAGUCGCAAAGAAAACGAAAGAUGUAACAAUUUGGAGAAAACCUUCAGAAGAAUUUAAUGGAUAUCUUUUCAAAGCUCAAGGUGUUAUAGAUGAUGUUGUCAAUAGUAUAAUAGACCAUAUACGCCCAGGUCCCUGUCGCUUGGAUUGGGACAGCUUAAUGACUUCAAUGGAUAUUUUGGAGCACUUUGAAGAGAAUUGCUGUGUGAUGCGUUACACUACUGCUAGUCAGCUUUGGAAUAUCAUUUCUCCAAGAGAGUUUGUUGAUUUCUCCUAUACUGUAGGCCAUAAAGAAGGGCUUUUAUCCUGUGGGAUAAGUCUUGACUGGAAUGAAAAGAGACCAGAAUUUGUUCGUGGAUAUAACCAUCCAUGUGGUUGGUUUUGUGUUCCACUUAAAGACAAUGCAAACCAGAGUCUUUUGACAGGCUAUAUUCAGACGGAUCUGCGCGGGAUGAUUCCUCAGUCUGCAGUGGAUACAGCCAUGGCAAGCACUUUAAUCAACUUUUAUGGAGACUUACGAAAAGCCUUACAAAAAGCAUAAUGUGUUUGAACUUGUAGCACUAUGGUCCCCUAAAUCAACUCUUUCUCUCAAACUACGUGGCCUGUAAAAAUCAUUCUUACCUCUCUUCUGCAUAGCCUGUAAAAAACUUUGAGAUGUUUUUGGUUGAUUUUAUUCCUAAACUAAAUAGUUAUUUAAGAUAGGGCAUUUCAGUUUUCUUACAGUUAUUUGCACAUUGUUUGGUAUAGCAAUGUGUCUAGGAAUGGAGAAUAUGACAGAAAUCCACCAAGAUGUAGAUGCCAGUUCUUUGACCUAAACUCUUAAGAAAUUGAAUAGUGCCUCAGUGUGAAUUUUUUGGCUGUUUGGAAAUUGAGAAAGCACAAGCUUCAUACUGUUAGGUUAAAAUCAUUUAUUUUAGAGCUUUAUGAACAUUUUAUAUAAGUUCUAAUUUUUUUGGAGGUUAAAUGUUAGUGCUUUACUUUUGGUAUGCUCUAAGAGUUUGCCAAUAUCUUGUACUAAAGAAAAAGCUCUUCUCUAUAUUUGAUAAAGAUAAACUUCAUUGUCAGUUGACUUACGCUACUUUAAGUUUUGAAAAUACCAGAAAUAAGAAGAGAAUAGAGUAUCAUAGAAACUAUGGAUACAAUACAAAUGCAGUUCAGUUUUGAUACCUAGAUUAUUUUGUGGGUGUCUUUAAAAAUAUAGUUGUAUCUUUAUGUGCAUUUAUUUUGGGAGUCUUAAAACAUUUAAACAUGAAUAAGACAGUACAAAAACCUGCCUAUUGUGUGCUGGGGUCACCACGUUGAUUGGGCAGUAGUCUGGGUUGUGUGAAGUGGCUGGUGGUAUCCUGUAUUCAACAACAGAGAAUCAUCUCUACAAAGUCAGUUCAGUGAAUGUUCUGUGUAUGUUUCAGUUUUAAAAGUAUCACUCAACUCAUAAACUAUUACUAACUACUUCAUAAACAUUUACAAUUGUGAUGUAACCUCAGUCUGCAACUAUAACAAAUGUAUUCAUAGAUUUAUCUAAAUGCCUGAGUUAUUUUAUAACUAGAAUGGAUCAUAAUAGGUCCUUGAUUUUUAUGGCUGCCUUAAACGAACAUUCCUAAAUGAUUUUAACGUUCCAAAUGACUCUUUGACUUUUGAACUAUCUACCUAGUUUACUUCUAAAAUUAGAGCUUGAGGCAAUUCAUUGUGUUUAUGCAAAUUUUUAUAUGUGUUUAUGUUUGUAUACAUGCAUACAUCUUGAAAUCUAUUUCAUUGUUCAGUGUGAAUUCUUCCUGUGUUAUUACUGUUCCCAUUGUUUUCUUCUUCUUUUUUUUUUUUUUUAAUAUGGGGUAAAGUGAGCUCUGGAAAUAUGUGCUAGAGAAGCCACAAAAAGCACAAGAAUAUAUAGUGAGUGGUUCAAGUCCAUGAAGGUUUAAUCUGUGUUUUACUUUAAUGUGUUUUCCUGAGUGAAAAGAAAGUGUGAAUUAUAGUUCUUUAAACCUAUUUUGAUGAAGUGAAAAAAUGUAGAACUAGUUUUUGGUUUUAUUUUUAUUUUUUUGCUGUUAGAGAUAAUGAUGUUCAAAACAAACAAACAAACAAACAAAAAGGUAGUAGCACCAGAGUAUCCAUGGUGAAUAAUCUCACAGUGUUUAGAUUGAAAAUAAUUUGUUCCAAAGUCUGACAGAACAAUUCAUAAAUGAUCCUGUAUUCUUAACUUGAAAUUUAUUAAUCACCAAUAUUCUUUUCUAAAUUGACUGUAACUUUUCAGUUGCUGGAUUUGUCUGCUACUUUUUUUUCUCCUUGCAAUAGGAAAAGAAAACAGCAGUUUAGCUUUCAGUUUCCUAUGGAAAUUGUUUAUUAAUUUGUCUUCAUGUCUUUUCUUUUAUUUGGUUUUAUUAGUGUAGGGUAGGAAGUUUCUUAUAUUCCAGCAUACUAACUGAGAUGAGGAAAUACCAGUAGAUAUUCAAUUAUAAAGUGCCUAGACUGGGUAAAGGGAUUUGUGACAGUAUUGUACAUUUACAAGGGCUAUCAAUGCCUGGUCUGGGUUUCUCUAAAGGCAAAUAAACUUCGACUCUCAGCUACUCUAAUGUUCCCUUUGUCCUUUUCAGUUUACACCUCCAAUUAGUGGUUCCAUAAUCCAUUAUUGAAUUUGUGGACCCUCUGCAGGUAGAAGGAUACUCAGAAAAUUUUUAAUUGCAAUAUCGAGUCAUACGGUGGAUUGACAGUUAUAUUUGAAUUACCUGAAAUUUAUAUGCAUCUUCUAGAUGGCACUUUAGUGCUGCUAGGCUCUAGCUGUGUACUUAAAAAAAAAAAAAAACAAAAAAAACCCAAAAAACAACUCAGGUUUAUU